AUGUCUGUCCAGAGGUUAGCUUCUAAUGGAACCUCCCAGCCCCUGGCAUCACAUUCUGAUUACACCUGGGAGUAUGAAUAUUAUGAAAUCGGACCAGUUUCCUUUAAAGGACUGAAGGCUCACAAAUAUUCCAUCGUGAUCAGGUUCUGGGUUGGCUUUGCAGUCUUCGUGAGUUUUAUGAUUUUUGUGCUCACUUUGCUGACCAAGACAGGCACCCCACACCAAGAGAUCAUCGAGGCACAUGAUUUUAUGAAUAAAAACACCCUUGCACUAACAGUGCGUGACUUUCAGAGUCAACGUGGGCGAUUUCUCUCUUCUGUGGCAAUUCUAAACAGUGCUCAGCCACAGAACGGGGUGGCUGUAACCGGGAGUGUCUCCAACGAGAUGAAGGCAGCAGAUGUGCACCUCAAGUCCCGCUUCGGGAAGCCUCUGGAGCCGGCGAAGGUGUCCGCGCGCCCGGCCGAGGAGACCCUCUCCGCGUUCCACUGCUCCUUCGGCGAGCUGGAGAGCGCCGCCCGCCUCGUUGGAGUUCGACCUCCUCAACUUGGUGAACACGGAGCAUGGCUGCUCCUGUCCAAGGACGACCUCCUGGUCUCCGAGCCACCGAUCGUUCUGGAAAACAAGCUCGGCAGUGCAGAGCGGGUGCCUCGCCCCGCCGCCGCCAGUGUGUUCGGCCUUUAG